AUGAAAGGAAUGAAUUUUUUUAGACGUAUUUCGCUAUUGUUUAUUGGUAUAUUAUAUGUAUUUGUAUUGAUAAAUGUGUAUAAAGAUGAUACCUUUUCAGUUAUAUAUAAAUUAGAUAAAUAUUCAAGAAAUAUAUCUGAGAAAGAACAAUUAGUAGAAAUUCCUGGCGAAUAUUUUAAUGGGAAAUCGAAUGUUUUAGAAAUGAGUAUGAAUAAUAAAGUGUAUGGAAAAUAUAAUUUUGAUGAUUUGAUAUAUUCAUUAAAUACAUAUGAUAUAUUAAAAAUUAUAUUUCCUGCUCAUAUUUUUGAUAAAAUUUAUUAUGAAAUGAAAGACUGUGAAGAUAAUUUGAACAUUUAUGACCUUUGUGAUAAUAUUAGAGAUGGUAAUAUAUUUUAUUUAAGCCCUAAAAAAUGUUGUAAAGGUGAGAAACAUAAAGCUAAAUGUAUUAAUAAAGACAUUCCUAUUUUAGUAAUGGAUCCUAAAGAUUUGGAAAUAAAUAAGAAAAUAAGAAGUUGUGCUUUCUUCUUAAAUAGAAAAAAAUAUAUGAAGGAUAUGUGGUCUGAAUUAAUGUUCAAGGAAAAGUUAAAUCUUUUUUUCUUAAUAAAGCAUAUAGAGAUUUUUUAUAAGAAUUUAAAAGUAGAUUAUAAUAUUGAAAAUAAUUAUGUUUUUAGAAAAUUUUGUGAUUGUAAAAAAAUGAUUGUUAUGGAUAUCUUAAAAAGUGACUAUUAUCUCAAUGUAGUUUUCUCUAAAUGGAUUAAAAAUUCAAAAUUAAAAACCAAAGAAUUUAAAAUGCUUUUAAAGUCUUGUAGAUAUUGUUGGAGAUAUUUAAAAAGAAAAUUACAUGAUUCUUGUGAAGAAAUUCUUAUUAAUUCGUUUAAUAAAAUAGAUUAUAGUCAUAAAACUAUAAAUAAGAAUACCAAUGUUUUUAUAGAUGAAUCUAAAGCACAAUUAAAAAAUACACAAAACAAGAAUUAUAAACCAAUAAGUAAUAAAAAAGAAGAUAUCUCUGAUAAUAUAGGAAAAAACAACUAUGAAAUAUGUCUAAUAAAUGCACCAUAUAUAGAUGAGGAUUAA